AUGGCGCACCAUGGCAACGACAACACCACAAUUGGCAGCUAUCGUUAUCCGUUCGAGGAGCUGGCCGACGAACGGACGCGCACGUGGCCACUGGUGCAAUCACCUUGGAAUGUCGCCGCCAUACUUGCCCUCUACCUGCUGAUGGCGCGCUUCGGCCCCAAAUGGGCUGCCAGGUACAAGCCGCUGCAGCUGCGAGUGCCAUUGUUCUGCCACAGUUUGGCCAUGGUCCUGCUCAAUGCCCACAUCUUUCUGGAGGUCCUCACGGCAUCGCGGGCCCUCGACUAUAGCUUCGCCUGUCAGGCAUGUCGGGUGAGCUAUAGCCCACAUGAAAUGCGUAUUGCCGCGGCCAUUUGGUGGUUCUACAUCUCGAAAAUACUCGAAUUCGCCGACACGGCCUUCUUCAUUUUGCGGCACAAGUGGAGGCAACUGAGCUUCCUGCAUGUGUACCAUCAUAGCUCCAUGUUCGUCAUGUGCUGGAUUGCCAUCAAGUGGACGCCAACGGGCUCGUCUUAUGUGCCAGCCUUUAUAAACUCCUUCGUUCACAUCAUUAUGUACAGCUAUUAUGCGUUGAGUGCGCUGGGCCCUCGCAUCCAGAAGUUCCUGUGGUGGAAACGCUACUUGACCGGCCUCCAGCUGUUACAGUUCGCCAUUGGUCUGCUGUGGGCAGGACAGGCCUUUGUGCGGGGCUGCGAAUAUGGCACUGGGAUUCUCUUAAUGGAUUUCGUCUAUGUGGUGCCCUUUGUUUUUUUAUUUGGAAAAUUCUACCGUAAGAAUUAUGGCAAACCAGUCGAAAACAAGAAAAUAAAAUAA